GGCGCCAGUCGGACCGAGCGGUGGCCGUGCUCUCCAAGUCCGAAUAACCAGUUCAGGAUGUCCAUCCUAGAGCGCCUGGAGCAGAUGGAAAGGAGGAUGGCUGAGAUGACGGGGUCCCAGCAGCACAAGCAGGGGAGCGGAGGAGGCAGCAGUGGAGGGGGCAACGGGACUGGGAACGGAGGAAGCCAAGCUCAGUGCGCUUCUGGCCCUGGGACACUGGGGAGCUGCUUCGAGAACCGUGUGGUGGUCGUGUGUGAGAAGAUGAUGAGCCGAGCCUGCUGGGCCAAGUCCAAGCACUUGAUCCACUCGAAGACCUUCCGUGGGAUGACCCUCUUGCACCUGGCUGCGGCGCAGGGCUACGCCACCCUCAUCCAGACCCUCAUCAAAUGGCGCACAAAGCAUGCAGAUAGCAUUGAUUUGGAACUGGAAGUUGACCCCUUGAAUGUGGACCACUUCUCCUGUACCCCUCUGAUGUGGGCAUGUGCUCUAGGGCACUUAGAAGCUGCCGUCGUUCUGUACAAGUGGGACCGUCGGGCCAUCUCUAUCCCUGACUCCCUAGGAAGGCUACCUUUGGGGAUUGCCAGGUCAAGGGGUCAUGUGAAAUUAGCAGAGUGUCUGGAGCACUUGCAGAGAGAUGAACAGGCGCAGCUGGGGCAGAACCCCAGAAUGCACUGUCCUCCAAGCGAGGAGCCCAGCACGGAGAGCUGGAUGACCCAGUGGCACAGCGAAGCCAUCAGCUCUCCAGAAAUACCCAAAGGAGUCACCGUUAUUGCAAGUACCAAUCCAGAGCUGAGAAGACCUCGUUCUGAACCCUCUAAUUACUACAGCAGUGAGAGCCACAAAGAUUAUCCAGCUCCCAAAAAGCAUAAAUUGAACCCUGAGUACUUCCAGGCAAGGCAGGAGAAGCUGCUGUCCACUGCACUGAGUCUGGAACAGCCAAAUAUCAGGAAGCAGAGCCCUAGUUCUAAGCAGUGUGUCCCCGAGACAAUCAGCCCCAGUGAAGGAGUGAGGGACUGCAUCCGGGAAACCUCCCCUCCCACUCCAGAGACUGCAGGAUUCCAAGCCUCUGGAUCUCAGCCUGUAGUAAAGUGGAAUUCCAAAGGUCUUUACAUUGGUGUGUCUACAGUACAGGUGACUGGAAAUCCGAAGGGGACCAGUGUAGGAGAGGAUGCAGCACCUUCACAGGUGCGUCCUCGGGGACCCACGAGUGUCCUGAUGAUGGCUAACAGAGAGGUGGUGGAUUCAGAGAUGGGGUCCUACCGCGAUAGCGCAGAGCGCGCGGAAUGCUCACAGCCCAUGGACGAGAUACAGGUGAACAUGAUGACCUUGGCAGAGCACAUCAUUGAAGCCACACCUGAUCGAAUUAAACAGGAGAGUUUUGUGCCCACGGAGCCCUCGGCAUUGGAAAGACCAGACACUGCCACCAUCAGCAGUACCAUGAGCUGGCUGGCCAGUUACCUAGCCGAUGUCGACCGUCUGCCAAGCGCUGCCCAGAUCAGAAGUGCGUAUAACGAGCCUCUCACCCCUUCUUCUAAUACCAGCUUGAGCCCUGUUGGCUCCCCAGUCAGUGAAAUAGCUUUUGAGAAACCCAGCCUUCCCUCAGCAGCAGACUGGUCAGAAUUCCUGAGUGCGUCUACCAGUGAGAAGGUGGAGAAUGAGUUUGCUCAGUUGACUCUUUCUGAUCAUGAGCAGAGAGAGCUCUAUGAAGCCGCCAGGCUCGUCCAGACCGCUUUCCGGAAAUACAAGGGCCGACCCUUGCGGGAGCAGCAGGAAGUAGCCGCCGCUGUCAUUCAGCGUUGUUACAGAAAAUACAAACAGCUGACAUGGAUAGCCUUGAAGUAUGCACUUUAUAAAAAGAUGACACAGGCUGCCAUCCUAAUCCAGAGUAAAUUCCGAAGUUACUACGAACAAAAAAAAUUCCAGCAGAGCCGGCGCGCUGCUGUGCUGAUCCAGAAGUAUUACCGGAGUUAUAAGAAAUGUGGCAAGAGACGGCAGGCUCGCCGAACAGCCGUCAUCGUGCAACAGAAACUCAGGAGCAGUUUGCUAACCAAAAAGCAGGACCAAGCUGCUCGAAAAAUAAUGAGGUUCCUCCGCCGCUGCCGCCACAGCCCCCUGGUGGACCAUAGGCUGUACAAAAGGGUGAGUUUAGCUGCCUGCUAGCCAGUGUUUACCUUUAUCUUCCAUUUUCAAUAUUUUGCUUUUUGCUUGCUUGCAUGGGGCUGCAGCCUAGGUAUGCCAGUAAGUUUCACAUCCAUUUUGAAUGAAAUAAGAUAAAAUGAAAACUAACCCUAACUACUAACACCGCUACAUUAUACAACAUGGCAAUAGUCACAUACAGCAGAUGAACAAAUGCAUGAGUGAGAGAAAGGGA